GGCCGCUACUAUUGAGUGGAUUUGUGGUUAAUUUACGAAUAUUUUUGAAGAAAUGUGGGAAAUAUCGGGAACCCAUUUGUGGGGUUUGAAUUACAAUGGUAUUUCUUGAUCUUUCUAAUUGCAGGACUUUUGGUGUUUGGAGGAAAAAAAAUGGGAUUUUCUUGAUCUUUUCGUGGGUUAAAUCGACAAUGUGAGGUGAGUUGUUGAAAAUUUCAUCUGGGUUGCAUUUUCUUGUGGUGUAUAUGUGUUUUCUUUGAUGAUGGUGGCUGCCGUUUCUGAAACAACAACCAGAAACCAAACCACGAGACUGCCUUCCGAGAAGGAUAAUGGCAUCAUUACCUCCAAUAAGUCAAUUAGACCCAAAUCAAGACAAGUUUCUUCAAGAUACCUAUCUCCUUCACCUUCAACUUCUUCCAAUUCCAAUUCAAAUUCAAAUUCAUCAUCUGUACCCACACUAACACCUUCUAGGAGGUCCCCUUCACCUCUUGUUUCAAGAAAUUUGACUACUCCUGCAGCAAAACGGUCUGUUUCUGCUGACCGGCGGCGACCCACCAGGUCGGAUCUUGCCUUGAAACCUAACAAUGUCGGAGAGGUGUCGGCGGCUACUAAACUUUUGGUUACAUCUACCAGAAGUUUAUCCGUGUCUUUUCAGGGUGAGGCUUUUUCUUUACCGAUUAGUAAGACCAAAGUAACCACACCAUCACCUAAUUUAACUAGUGUCAGAAAGGGUACCCCUGAAAGAAAGAGACCUCCCACCCCUUUGAGUGGCGGAGGAGAUCAUGUAGAGAAUACUAAACCCACGGAUCACCAUCGGUGGCCAGCCAGGAUCCGACAAGCAAAUGUUAGCCUAUCAUCAAAGAGUUUGAGUUUGGAUUGUGGGGUUGAGAAGAGCAACAAGGUUAAUUCUUCUGGGAAUGUGAUUAGGGCUUUACACCAAUCUAUGAACUUGGACACCAGAAGGGCAUCAAUCGAUGGUGGUAGAUCAAGUCUUGAUUUGGGUAAUUCUAUUGAUCUUUUAAACACCCAUCAAGAGAACCCAGAUAGGAAUUCUGUUAAAGAUUCAUACAUGGUGUCAUCUGAUCACACUGCUUCUGAUACAGAUAGUGUGUCUUCUGGUAGCACUUCAGGAGUCCAAGAAAACGGUGGGUUAAAUCGGUUGCGAAAUGGGCCUAGAGGGAUUACUGUGUCUGCAAAAUUUUGGCAAGAAACUAAUAGUAGGAUGAGGAGGUUGCAGGAUCCUGGUUCACCACUGUCUACUAGCCCUGGAUCGAAACUAAUCACCCCACCAAGAGUCUCUAAUGUGAAGAAAUUCUUGAGCGAUAGUCCGUUAUCAUCACCAAGAACAAUGGCUUCCCCGAAUAGAAUGAGACCAUCAUCACCAAGUAAGUUUAUGGCAUCGCCGUCACCAUCCAGGGGAAUGAUUAGUCCUCGGAGGAACUCUGUUUCUGGAAUUAGUAGUAAUUUUAGUGAAACACCAUCAGUACUUAGUUUUGCUGUUGAUGUUCGGAGAGGGAAGGUAGGCGAGAAUCGUAUUUUUGAUGCACACUUGUUGAGGCUUCUAUAUAACCGUCAAUUGCAGUGGCGGUUUGUAAAUGCUAGAACCGAAGAUAUUGUAUUGAAGCAGAAGCAUGGUGUUGAGGAAAACCUAUGGAACGCAUGGAUUACAAUCUCGGAUCUACGUGACUCCGUGACCAAAAAAAGACACAGGUUGCAAUUGCUGAGGCAGAAACUCAAGUUAGCAUCCAUUCUUAAGGCACAAAUAGAUUUUCUUGAAGAUUGGGCUUAUUUAGAUAAAGACCAUUCAGUAUCGUUGCUUGGAGCCAUUGAAGCUCUCAAGGCUAGCACUCUUCGUCUUCCAGUUGGUGCUGGAGCAUCUGCUGACCUUCAAAGCAUGAAAGAUGCCAUAAGUUCAGCGCUCGAUGUGAUGCAGGCAAUGGCUUCAUCAAGGCACUCACUUUGUUUGCAGGUCGAAGAAGUGAAUUUGAUGGUGACCGAGCUUGCAAAAGUGUCUGCUAAAGAGAGAGCUUUGCUUAGGAUUUGCAAAGAUUUCUUGUCCAUUUUAUCAGCCCUCAAGGUGAAGGAUUCUAGCUUGAGAACACAUAUGUUACAAACGAGCCGUGUGAGCUGAUGUUACUUUGACAACCCCCUACCCUGUUGAAAAAUCUUGCUAACUUUACACCAAACAUAUCGACCGCAUUAAGGAUGUUUCUGGAGGUAAUGACUGUGGACUAAGUAGCUGAUUUUUAUCGCAUUCCCCUUGUGUGGCUUUCGGGUUUUUCUUCUUUUGGCAGCCGAGGGGUCGUGUUUGUAACCGAUGUAAAUGUAUAUAUAUAUAUAUAUA